AGUCUUGUAAUAGAGCAGCGUAACGUGCUCCGUUAACUCACAACGCUCAGACUUCAGGAGGACAGGCAAGCGAUGCGUUAUUUAAAUGUAGGUAAAUAAACUUAUAUCUGUGUUUAUGACAUAUAAAGACAAAAUAUGGACCGGCGUCUGCGUCUAUCCGAGCUGACAGACUGAACGCGAUCAUCUGUUCUGUAUUGAUGAGUCUGUGAAAUUAUCUGAAGUUGUGAAGCAGGUAGUGACCCAUUUAUUAUGGUAAACACUGCUUGUAAUACACAAGCGCCUCAUGUCAGAAUGGGGGCCCUGGCAUUGAAGCGGUGCGUUGGAUGUGGAUGCAAGAUUUCAGACCGCUUCCUCCUGUUUGCUCUGGAUGGGUACUGGCACUGCCACUGUCUCAAGUGCUCCUGCUGUCAAGCCCAGCUGGCAGAAAUUGGCUCGUCGUGUUUCACAAAGCGUGGCUUGAUCCUCUGCAAAAGUGACUAUAUAAGAUUAUUCGGCCACAGUGGAGCCUGCAGGGCUUGCAGUAAGUCCAUCCCAGCAAAUGAAAUGGUUAUGCGAGCACAGGGCAAUGUUUUCCAUGUCAAGUGUUUUGUAUGCUCCAUCUGCCAUAACCAGCUAGUACCUGGUGAUCGUUUUCACUACACAAGUGGAAAACUGUACUGCGAGCGGGACAGACCAACAGCUUCUGCGCACAGAUACGAGCACUUGGAUUCACUCAGGGAGCACAACGUAUCCGAACAGAAGUCCUGAGCUCAUAAUUUUUUUGCUGAGCUCUGAGAAAGAGACACUAAUGGAGCACCUAGUUUCAUAUUCAAGACCUCAUAUAACCCAGUAGUUGCUUUGUCAGCUACAGACCAUUUUGUGAAGGUCUAAUAUUGUGGAAAUUCAACGUAUAUGGUAAUAUCUGGCAGUUUAAAUGAGGUUAACCAUUGGAGCUGAAAAGCAAUAUCAGCGAGCAUCCUUGCGUAUCAUAAUCAAUUAUGAAUUGGUUUUGCACAGAAUGACCUUUCUUAUAUGUUGUGGACCUGCAAUUUAGUUGUGGUGUCUGUUUGUUUUGAUAUAGUGCUGUGUACUUCACUUUCAGGCGGUGAAAACACCACCUUCCACUGGUGUGUGUGACAUUUAUCUUUUGGUUACAGGACGGUUAUUCUUCCUGGUCUGCAUUUAACCUGUUUAUAAAUCAAUCCUGGGAGCAUUCAGAGAGUCCAUGUUCUCUGUAUCCUUUAAAGCAGACCUCCAGAUGAUUUCUUGGAGAGGAAAAAUCAUUUUUUAUUAUUAGAAAACAACAGUCUGAGCUUGCUAUAAAGGACCAGUCUUUAAAGUGUGUUGUGUUUUAAGUAAUAUUUGCUUUAUUCGAAAUAAUUAAAAACCUUUAAAACCCCUA